UGAUAACAGCUGAUCGUCCCGAUUUCAACAUGACGAAAGUAGAUGUGGACCGUGGGUAUGCCUGGGUAAUUCUUGCAGCAGACUAUGGGUGUUAGACCGGACAUUGACAGAGGAUAUGCCUGGGUAAUACUCGGAGCGUGUUUCUUUAUGUACAUGCUGUUACUGGGUUCUAUUAAGUCCUUUGGAGUCCUAUAUUCCGAGAUCCUAACGGUAACAAACAGUGGAGCCGGAAGUACCGCACUCAUUGGAAGUGCUGCAAGCUUUAUACAGUCAUUGACGGGUCCAUUCGCCAUUCUGCUGGCCACACGGUAUUCCUUCCGUCUGGUAUGUUUCUGUGGGGGCGUGGCCCUCUGUAUUGGUUACGUUAGUUGUGCCUUCACCCAUGAUGUUAUGUAUUGGUAUAUAACCUACAGUUUAAUCACUGGAAUUGGCUGUGGUUUAGCCUACGUCCCCUGCUCUACUCUAAUUAACUAUUACUUCGAACACAACCGCGCACUUGCGAAUGGCAUUGUCCUGUCUGCAAGUGGUGUGGGAGGAUUUCUUUUCCCGCAUAUAUACCACAUACUUAUUGACCAGUACGCAAUUAGUGGUGCUAUGUUAGUCCUGGGUGGUGUAAUGGCGAAUGUUUGCGUGGCAGCUUCCUUUAUACGACAACCAUACGAAUUCAGCAGUGAUUCUUCAGUUGAUAUAAAGACAAAAGAAAAGCAAAACGAAUACGGUUCAUGCAAAGAAGUACUAUGCCGAAAGUUCUGUGCAUGUGACAGUAACAUUAUGAAGGACCUAACAUUUCUGUCGAUCUCUAUGGCAUUCUGCUUGUCCGCUUUAAGCUAUUCGGCGUAUUUUUAUACUUUUCCAUCCUUUCUGGAAUCGGAAAAUAUCGGAAAAGCAACCACUGUUUUUAUAUUUUCAUUAACAGGAGCGUGUGAAAUUUUUGCACGCGUAGCCAUGGGUUGGUUUACCGAUCUGAGGAUUCUUUCACCAAGCCAUGUCUACGGAUUGUGUAUGUGCGUCAGUGGCAUUUCAGCUUUUGUUGUGCCCCUUGUUCGAAAGAAAGUUCUGUACUAUGCUUAUGCUGUAAUCAUUGGAAUAUUCCCAGGUUCUUUUUAUGCAUUGAUGUCCAUCAUUUUAUUAGAAACUGUUUCACUAAAAAAUCUUCCAUCGGCCUUUGCUGUAGUAACUAUCUUUAUAGCCAUAUUUUGCCUUCUCGGAUUACCCUGUUUAGGUUGGGUUGAAGAUUUGACAGGUAGUUGGGACAAUGUGUUUUACAUCACAGGAAUCUUACAACUACUGGCAGCCAUCAUAACGUUCUUUGUGUCCCGUUGUUCCAAAUCCCUUGACGGCCAUGACGAUGUGGAGAAGGAGGUGAAAGAACCAGCAAGUGAAAAACUGUUAGAAGCCGGUAUAAAAAGUUAGGAAAAUAGGAUUGCUCUAGCUAUACAUCAGUGAGUGAGCCUGGAGAACAGAGCCUUGCUGAGAUCUAGAAAGCCAAGGACUGAUAAAAGUGCUGAGUAGAUUAGAAAGAACCGAGAUCUUUGUGCCAUUUUCAAUAAAGUGGAUACCUGUCCACGAACUUAGCCUCGACUUAUAGACAAUAUAAUUAUCAUAUUAAAUUAUGAAGGAACAGUG